UUGAAUGUAGGCUGUCACGGUUUAUAAAGGCCAAGUUCUCUUGCUACCCUCUCGCUUAUCCGGGGCUUGGCUUUUUCCUCUUCUUACCUACUUUCUACUUACUUUUUUUCUUCCUUCGCCCGCCGCCACGUUCUUGAUAAGGAUCCACGAUUGUCCGUCUCCGGCAGUUUGUCUUGCGCAGCACCUCAGCUUGUGUUUGAUUGACCAAUACCUACCUUGCUUCGACGAAUUAUUACAAUUUUGCAUCUUCCUGGAUUGUGUUUCCCUUGGACUUUUACCUCUUCCAAUUCCCAACUUCACACAUAGGACAAUGCAACUCAAGAGAGCGGCGCGAGUAAUCCUAAUUGGUGCGCCCGGCGUGGGCAAGGGGACGCAAAGCGAGAGGCUGCUCAGGCGCUUCCCUCAACUCAAGGCCAUCAGCACCGGCGACCUCCUCCGCCACAAUGUCAAGAACAGGACGCCUCUCGGCAUCAUGGCUGAGAACACCAUCAAGGCCGGAGGCCUGGUGGCCGACGACCUGAUGCUCCGUCUCAUCUCGUCAGAGCUCCGAUCCCGAGGCUGGCUUCUCGGCGGCGGCAGAGCACCCCUCAUGACGCUCUCCGCAGAAGCAACCUCCAUCGAAGGCUCCUAUCACCACCACCACCACCACCACCAGUCCAACUCUUCCAUGGACGACGACCCGUCCGCCUCCUUCAUGCUCGACGGCUACCCGCGCACCGUCUCCCAGGCCGUCACCCUCGACCGCCUCGUGCCCAUGAACCUCGUCGUCUCCCUCCAGACGCCCUUCUCCGUCAUCCUCGAGCGCAUCGCCGGCCGCUGGGUCCACGAGCCCUCGGGCCGCGUCUACAACACCUCCUUCAACCGCCCGCGCGUCCCCGGCCGCGACGACGUCACCGGCGAGCCCCUCGUCCAGCGCCCGGACGACAACGAGGAGACGUACCGCGCCCGCUUCCGCAAGUUCCAGGAGAACAGCGAGCCCAUCCUCAACCACUACGCCAAAAAGGGCGUCCUGCUCGAGAUUGAGGGCAUGAGCAGCGAUGAGAUUAGCCCGAAGCUGUUUGAGGCUUUCGAGGCUCGCUUCGUGCGGUGAUGUCCUUUAUUCCCCCUCCUCGGUCUGGAAAUGUGGACAUCUUUAUGCUGCAGCAUUUCAUGUUUCAACAACCUUAUUCGAUAUCCUUAGUUGGUUGGUCCUCUUUCUGUUUCUAUCACUCUAUCCGGCGUUUUUUUUGUGUCUUGGGAGGUCAAUUGUCAUGUUACUCGGGAGUUAUCUGUGCGGGUUGGAAAAUAUCACGCCCUCUUCUGUUUCCAUCUCAUGGCCGUUUCUACCUAGUCGAAAGCCAAGAGGAUGAUGAACGGCGCACUUUGUUGAGUACCUAUGUCUUGUUAUUUGGAGUGGCUCUCUCGCCGUCUCCCAUCUUGUGUACAAUCUCCGGAAUUGAGUAC